AUGGUUUGCAAGUUUCUUUUUAGAAUAGAAGGCAAACCAGCUACCAAGAUUUUGAAUAUGGGGAAGUCAUUCAUUUUGGUGGCUUUCCUACUCAUAUUAAUCACCAUUGGGGCUACCGUUGUUCGAGCUGAAGACGAUAAAGAUCAUGGCGACGACAACAGUAAGAAGUCUCCRGCACCAGUAGCAGCACCUAAGGAACAGACACCACCAGCAAAAAAGGAUGACRACAGUAAGAAGUCUCCRGCACCAGUAGCAGCACCUAAGGAACAGACMCCACCAGCAAAAAMGGAUGACRACAGUAAGAAGUCUCCGGCACCAGUAGCAGCACCUAAGGAGCAGAAACCACCAGCAAAAAAGGAUGACGACAGUAAGAAGACUCCGGCACCAGUACCUAAGGAGCAGAAACCACCGGCCCCUAAGGAGAAACCAGCGCCGGCGCCUAAAGAGGUGAAGCCGAAGCCUUCUCCCGUUGAAGACGAUGCCACUAACUACGACGAUUUGACACCAGACCCAAAAUCAGGAUGCGAACGGGCUUUUUGUAAAUCGAAAGGGGAGUGUCACUACAAGACACUAACUUGUCCAGCGGAGUGCCCCCAGAGGAAGCCCAAGAAGAACAAGAAGAACAAAGGGUGCCAUAUCAAUUGUGGUAGCAAGUGUGAAGCUACUUGCAAAUGGAGAAGGCCGAAAUGUAAUGGGUAUGGUUCUUUAUGUUAUGAUCCAAGGUUCGUUGGUGGUGAUGGAGUGAUGUUCUACUUCCAUGGCAGUAAAGGACGUGAUUUCGCCCUCGUCUCGGACACCAACCUCCAAAUCAACGCCCACUUCAUCGGAAACCGACCCAUCGGUAGGAAGCGUGACUACACAUGGGUUCAAUCCGUGUCAGUCAUGUUUGACACCCACACCCUAGUCCUUGCAGCCAAGAAGGUCCCAAAAUGGGACGACUCCGUUGACGUACUUCUCAUGAAAUGGGACGGCCAAGAAGUCACCAUCCCAUUUCAAGGAAAUGCCGAAUGGAAAACUACCACCGGAGUAAGAGAAGUGGUGGUUGAGAGGACUGACGACACUAACACCGUGAGAGUUACUGUCGGUGGGUUGGUAGAGAUCGACAUGAAGGCUGUCCCUAUAACUAAGGAAGAUGACAAAGCCCACAACUACCAGUUACCAUUAAACGACGCAUUUGCCCACUUCGAGACACAGUUCAGGUUCUCAAAUCUUUCCGACGAUGUGGAGGGCAUUCUGGGGAAAACUUACCGGCCGGAGUAUGUGAGUCCGGUGAAGAGAGGAAUCGCCAUGCCAAUGAUGGGUGGGGAGGACAAGUAUGAAACUCCAUCUCUAACCUCCCCACUUUGCAAAGUUUGCAGGUUUCAACGACAAUCUGAGACUGCUGCUGCUGCUGCUAUCGCUAUUGGUAUAUCUCAAUACUGA